AUGGGGAAUAUCUCCACAGGGACAACGCUUAAAGACAGGAACAUUGAUAUUGAAGACCUCCUGCGUCCUCUUUGCGGGUCAAGUGAUGAGACUUCUAACCAUCUUUUCACGACUUGCAUGGUGGCAAGUAUUAUUUGGCAAAGAAUAUCGGCUUGGAGCAGGGUGGCGCCCAUAGUCGUGUCGGUAGUUAGGGACCUCUUGAAGCUUUGUAAUCAUGUCGGGUUGAAAGGGAUUGUUAACGAGAUUUUCCAUGGGAUUGUGAUGAUUAGUUGUUUGUGUAUUUGGCGGGCAAAGAAUGGUGUGAAGUUCGCUAAUAAACAUGCCGGGACGUCCGAAUCUUCAAAUGUCAAAUAUGAGGAGGAAUUUAUUACAAAUUCAAAGGGAAAAAAGCUUUUUACAUGCCGAUGGAUUCCGACGAAUUGUGAACCAAAAGCUUUAGUAUUUCUUAAUCAUGGAUAUGCUAUGGAGUGUAGUGUCUCCAUGAAAGGAGCUGCAAUGAGGCUUGUAAAUGCGGGAUUCGGAGUUUAUGGAAUAGAUAAUCAAGGCCAUGGGAAAUCUGAUGGAAUUAAGGGUUUCAUCUCUCAUUUUAAUGAUCUUGUUGAAGACUGUUCUCAAUUUUUCAUAAGUAUUUGUGAAAGGAAAGAGAACAAAAAUAAAUUGAGAAUAUUGCUUGGAGAAUCCAUGGGAGGAGCAAUGGUGCUUCGGUUACAUUUGAAGAAACCAGACUUUUGGGAUGGUGGAGUAUUGGUUGCACCCAUGUGUAAGAUUGCAGACAAUAUGAGACCAUCACCAAUUAUGUUUAAUGUUCUAACACAACUUAGAAAAUUUAUACCAACUUGGAAAAUUGUCCCGGGUGAUGAUAUUGUUGAGCUUGCCUUCAGAGAUCCUAAAAUUAGACAGGAAAUUCGUGAUAAUCCGUUAUGCUACAAAGGUCGUGUGCGCCUACAAACUGCUAUGGAGUUGUAUACUGUGACUGUAGACCUUGAAAAAAAGUUAAAAGAUGUGACAAUGGCAUUCUUGAUUGUGCAUGGAGAAGAUGACAAGGUGACCGAUCCUUUGACGAGUAAACUGUUAUACGAGUCUGCUUCUAGCACCGACAAGACCUUCAAGUUGUACCCGGGAAUGUGGCAUGCCCUCACGUAUGGGGAGUUUACUGAAAACACUGAUAUUGUUUUUGCUGAUGCUAUUAGUUGGAUCAAUGAGAGAAUUGCUCGAGGAAACUCGAGACCAGAGAGGGAGCAAAAGUCGAAAAACGAUAAGCCUCCUGACACCGAUAAAAAGAAAGAUCAUAACUAG